AUCGUCGUAGCAACUGCCCAGCCAUGUCCUCCGGCGACACUAAACUCUCUCAGGUCCUCCUCAUCCCGAGCUCCGGCAUGGGCCAUCUCAAUCCGAUCGUCCGCCUCGCCAAAGCACUUUCCGACCGCGGCAUCUCCAUCUCCCUCCUGACCGUCCGCCCCACCAUAACCGCCGCCGAAUCCAGCCUCCUCUCCUCCCUCCCAUCAUCCCUUCUCAUUGACUUCCCUCUGGCCCCAUUUGACCCUUCUCUCUUCCCCGAGUCCUCAGACCCCGUCACACUCCGAUGGGAAGCCAUUCGCCGCUCCGCCCACCUCCUUCCUUCUCUCAUCUCUACCAUAUCACCACCAGUCUCAUCCCUCAUCAUAGACAUCACCAUCGCCUCCACCUUCCUCCCAGUGGCUGUCGCCGCAAACAUUCCUUGCUUCGUCUAUUUCGUCUCGUUUGCUUCCAUGCUCGCUCUCUGUUCUGUUUCCCCCUUCGUUCCCCAUCCCAUCAGUACUGACGUCAAGAUCGCUGGCGGCGUUCUCAAGAUUCCAUAUUCCUCCGUCCCGCCGCCCCUCCGAGACCCGAACCACCUCUUCACCACCCAAUUCAUAGAGAACGGUCGGGCACUUACUCUGGUAGCCGGAUUCUUGAGCCACAGUGGGUCGAAUUCGGUGAUGGAGGCGGCCGCGGCUGGGUUGAAGAUGCUCGCAUGGCCAAGAGGAGGAGAUCAUAGAGUCAUUGCGGCGUCGGUGCCAAGAAAUGGGCUGGGAAUAUGGCCGGAGAACUGGGCGUGGGAGGCCGAAGAAAGAGUCGUUGCUGCGGAGGAGAUUGCGGUGAAGGUGAGGGAGUUCAUGGCGGAUGAAAAGUUGGCGGAGACGGCGGCGAAGCUUGGUGCGGCGGCCACUGCGGCGGUUCAGGAAGGCGGGACCUCGGAUCAGAGCUGGCGCUAUUUGAUAACGAAACUGUGAGGCGGGGCAGAUGACCGGCCGGACUAGUUUGCUUGAAUAUU